CGCAUCCUCCCUCCUUCUUCUCCCCUUCGCUCUCUCACCUGGGUUUUCUUUGCCUUUUGUCCUCGUGUUUCUCCCCGAAAAUCGAUCUGUCAGAGUCGUUUCUCUGGCUUCUUCACGCGACAGCACUGAAACAUAACUGUGCGCUAUGUAUAACACUCAUCGCGGGAUGGUUCCCGCUCCCAACUCUCGCCUGACAGAGUUGUUGGACCAGCUCCGUCAGGAAUUUGAGAACCAAUCCAGAAGCACUGGCGAGUUUGAACACCAGUUAACCGGACAGCUGCAGGAAAUGGAAAUGAUUCGGCAAAAAAUCUUUCAGCUGGAGCAGACGCAAGUGAAGAUGAAGAACGACUAUGAAGCGGAAAUUCGAGUGCUGCGACACGAGCUUGAGUCUCGCGGUGUCCAACCCGUCUCAUCGCAUAUCACCGGCCCUGCUCAGCACGCUGGCCCUUCCCAGGCGCCGCCGCCUGCCUUGGGUCAUGGUCCGAGCAACUUGUUCGGCGGUAUCAUGACCAAUCAAGGAGGCUAUGGACCCCCUCCUCCACCUGCUGCCUCCCCAGGUCCUGGUAAGCGGCCUCGCGCCCCUCCUGGCCCGGCUACCCCCCAGCAGACCCAUCAGCUCGCUUAUCCCGAUCCACGCGUCUCCCCGCAACUGGCUCGGCCGACCCCUCCUACUCAGUCAUUGGUCCGCGAUCGCCCUGGGAACAUGCUUGCCAACUGGAACCCCGACGAGCUACCGGCUUCACAGAAGCGGGAGGGCGCUGAUUGGUAUGCUGUGUUCAACCCGGAAGUGCAGCGCGUACUAGAUGUCGAACUUGUCCAUCAUCUCGUCCACGACAGCGUCGUCUGCUGUGUCAGAUUUAGCCGAGAUGGCAAAUACCUUGCCACUGGCUGUAACCGUCAGGCACAGAUUUACGAUGUUACUAGCGGUCAGGUUGUCGCCACUCUGCAAGACGAAACAGUCGAUAAGAACGGCGAUUUGUACAUUCGCAGCGUUUGCUUCAGUCCGGAUGGCAAGUAUCUUGCUACGGGUGCGGAAGACAAACAGAUUCGGGUUUGGGACAUCAGUUCUCGGACUAUCAAGCACGUUUUCAGUGGCCACGAGCAGGACAUCUACUCUCUGGACUUUGCGGGCAAUGGCCGCUAUAUUGCUUCCGGCAGUGGAGAUAAGACUGUCCGUCUUUGGGACAUUCUCGACGGCAAGUUAGUUUACACCCUGAGCAUUGAAGAUGGUGUGACCACUGUGGCCAUGUCACCUGAUGGUCAUUACGUCGCUGCGGGUUCCCUCGACAAGAGCGUUCGGGUCUGGGAUACGACCACCGGCUACCUUGUGGAGCGCCUGGAAAAUCCUGAUGGCCACAAGGAUAGUGUCUACUCGGUUGCAUUUGCACCCAACGGUAGAGACCUCGUCAGUGGCAGUCUCGAUAAAACCAUCAAGCUCUGGGAGCUCAAUGUUCCCCGUGGCGCGUACCCGGGGAGUGGAGUCAAAGGCGGAAAAUGUGUCCGUACCUUUGAGGGUCACAAGGAUUUUGUGCUCAGUGUUUGCUUGACCCCUGAUGGCCACUGGGUUAUGAGUGGCUCCAAGGAUAGAGGCGUCCAAUUCUGGGAUCCAAUCACUGGCAACGCACAGAUGAUGCUUCAAGGUCAUAAAAACUCAGUCAUUUCUGUGGCUCCUAGUCCCACCAACAAUCUAUUCGCUACAGGCAGCGGUGAUAUGCGGGCAAGAAUCUGGAGAUACUCUACGUACACCGGACGGUAAUUGGGCUGAACAUGGGAAAGCCUUGGCGCAAAUGUGAAAUGUCUUCUGUCUUCGUAACUGCUGUUCUUGCCUUGAUUUUGAAACUUGCUGCUCCUCGCUUCGUUCUGCUUCAGGGUGUUUGCGUUGCCGAAGGAUGAUCGCGUCCUUCCCCGACUCCCGCGCGCGGUUGGGUAAGUGGCCAUCCUACAGGGCUGGUCUUUGGCCUCCAAAAGCGCAGCCCAAUAAUCAAAAGCGAAAUCAGUCUACGGGCUGUGUUGGUAGUAGUCACCCGCUGAAUUUCCGGUAAUGAAUUUGUCUUCAAAAGAGGCUA